AUGGCUUCAGCCACCACGGAUUCCGACUAUGCAUUCUUGGAAUCUGUUCAACAAUACCUACUUGGACAUGAUUCCAUCAACUUCAUGCCUGCAACCCACAAAGUUGCUUCUCAUGAUCCACUUUCAAACCAUAAACGUGAGGCUCAUUUGGAGAACAUUAUUUUCCGCAGUGAGGAUGCAACUACUGUGGUGGCGCGUGAUGUCCACGCGUCACCACCAUGGAAGCAUUACCGAGGUGUUAGGCGUCGGCCGUGGGGGAAGUUUGCAGCGGAGAUAAGGGAUCCAAAGAAGAAUGGAGCCAGGGUUUGGCUUGGAACUUAUGACACUGAAGAGAAAGCAGCUUUGGCUUACGACAAAGCUGCUUUCAAUAUGCGUGGUCGAAAAGCUAAGUUGAAUUUUCCGCAUCUUAUUGACUCUGAUAAUUUUGAUAUAAUUUCGUCAGAACCUGUGAUAGAGAGAACACCCAAGAGGAAGUUGUCAGAAAAUUUUCAACCUUCAUCACCGUCAUCGUCGUGUUCAGAUGAUAGCUCAGAGUCACAAGGGACAAAGAGGAGGAAGAACAUGACUGAUCUAUUGAACAAGUUAGCCAAGAAUAGAAGCCAAGCCAAGGUGGCAUGA